GGCUGAAUAGUUCACAGACGUAGAGACAGAGUUAUCGCUACAUAAAGCACAAUAGCAACGAACCAGAACAAUCCUAUACCGUUAUAUUCUUGUAGCCUUUUCUGACUAAUUGAUUGUGGAGAAAAUCUUCACGUAUUGGCAGUACAAUGCGUUUUUCUUCUUGGUUCCAUCAAGAAAUCUUCAAAUAAGUUUGGAAUGUAGUUUCAACAAUAUCCUCAUUACGUAAUGUCAAAGACGGCCAUCUGAGAUUGAAAUUUCGGACCAUAGUAGAAGCAUGUCUUCAAUCAUCUUUCUUUGGUACAUAACGUUGGCUAGCAUCACUGUUCUUUAUACAGCUGCAAGUUGCUCGUUCCCGAAAGAUCUUCGCGGCCAGUGGAUCCGUAGCAGAGAUGACGCACUCGUCGUAUUCUCUGACACUCAGCUGACAGGGCUAAACAUCCGGUGGAACUCUCAACGCCUAAAUUCUUUUGACUGCUACUCAAACACUGGAGAAAAUUAUAUCAUAAACAGUACCUAUAUAUCAUUACUUGGUGACAUGAACUACUUUGUAUGCUGGAGAUUUGUGAAAGUCACAUCACUAGCCUAUAUAAUGUUUGAAGUGUCUGACCUUAUAAACAGCACUGGGUUUGAUGCUAAUGUCAGAGGCUAUGUACAACCAAAUGAUACGCCUCUGGACGCAAGCAAAGUCUGCACUAAGUCAACCUAUUUCACUACUUUAGCCAAACAAGGGGUGGCUGCUGCUGAUGUGGCCGCCACAUGUCCACCCCAGCUAAACGCCAGCUUCACAUACUCCCUGUGUUCCACGACAGAGCUUAGCUUCUGCCAAGAUGACAAGUACGGAGUCGCCGACUAUGGAAGCUGCUCAACGCAAAUCUUUUAUUCAGUCACCGGCACAUUUGCUUGUAUGGGCUUUGUACCUCUUGAUCAAGACAUCUAUAUCAACUUCUUCUCCAGUGGCAGAGUCAUUUGCUUUAAAAUACCAGACAAAGUGACCGGUACUUUCAGCGGCGUCUACUACAACGGUGACUGCAGCACCGUGGUUACUGGCGUCCCUACCAGCAUAACCUUAACAAAGAAAAAUCAGUGCGGCGCCAUGAGUACUACCAUAACUACGACCAGCGCCACAACAUCUAAGCAGACUACUUUAUCAGAGGCGUCUACCGUUGAUGAUACUACAGAAAUUCUCGUGACAAGAGUGGAGGAGUCCAAGGGUGUCGACUCUGCGACAGUUGGGGUAGCAGUUGGUCUAAGUGUGGGGCUAUUUGCCCUCGUUCUCGUGGCCCUUCUGCUAUUUCUUGUAAUCUGGAGGCAGAAGCUUGUCGUCAAAGUCUCAGACUCGUUUACAGAGCCGAAAAUUCAAAAUAACAACAAAGAUGACAAUGUGGCAGUCAGCGUCAUUGAUUCAGGAAUAAAGAAACUAGACCUAGGAAAUCAAGACCAGAAAAUGGGUCGCGAACAAGUCAAUGUCAAGGACGCCAACCGUGGAUUGAAUUCCGACAAUGGCAAGUUUACAGACAGAGGGCAACUCGAAGUUGGCAACACUGAGCAAGCAAAUAUUGGUUGUGACAAUAACCAAGCCCCGACUGACUCCAACGUCUUUGUCGUAGAUAGUAGUCAGUCAGGUCACAGCCGAUUCGAAACGAAUGGUGUCGUUGUCAAGGACGCUUAUGCAAUGAAAGAUGGCGUCAAGGAUAUCCCGCCAUACAAAGUUGAUGUGAAAGAUAAAAAGAAAGAUGCCAAAGACGGCAUUACAAAAAAGAAAGGAAACAAAAAAUUCCAGUCCAAAGGGAAAGGAAGAAACACUAAGUAGUAUAGUGGAAAAAAACAAAAAACAAUAUAAGGGUCUCCUAAUGUAGAAUUGUUAAAUACAGCCAUAUAUGGACAGUAGCGUAGCUAGGGUGAAGGAAGGGGGGGGGUUCAAAUUUGAAAAUCCCCGAUGGCCCCCCACUUGAGAGGGAAAGCGCAAAUGCGUGUCUGAAAUUUGUUUUUAGAUUAAAUAUUAAAUAUUACGCCAUUAUCUCAUGUCAUGAUGUCGAAUGUCAAAAUGUAGGUUAAGGGGUCAAUGCCCCCCGGGCCCCAAAUACCUAGCUAUGCCACUAAUCUGUAGCCUGGGCGGACUGGCUAAGUUCAUAUCACUGACUUACAAAAAAUUAAAGCAAACUACUGUCAUUUGACGUUUAAGUCGACUAAAAAAGAAAAAAAAAGCAUUGCAGACAUUAAUCAAUUUUCAACCUGUCUCUGAGCUCCAAAGGUUAAUUAAUUUCAGAUUUAGAAUUUUUCCUACAAUUUUUAUAAGAAGAAUAGCAGUAUGUCUAUAUUGCAUUGUAGACACCUUUAAAAAAAUUCAUUUUAUAAAUAUACGGGCCCAGUGCCGCCAGUGGGCUAUGU